CGGUCACAUCACGUGAGAGGUCACGAUGCAUACAGUUCAGUGCUAGUGAAAGGUGCUGCUGCCGGUGGCACCGUCAUAUGUUGAAACUUGAAUGGAAUGGGUACAAAAGCGUCAUAUUGUCUCCUUGCUUUUGUGAAAAGUAUGACAAUGUGUCCUUUCAUGCUAUAGCAAAUAAACAUGAGCAGUAUUAACGAAAGCAGCAGCAGCAGUGGGAACGGUACACGAUUUAAAUCUUGGCUACGCAAAGAGGCAGAUAUGCAGAGGGCGGGCGCUAACGAGCACUCGCCUUUACUCCGGUAUCGACUGGACAGCGCCAGUGAUGACCAUAAUGUGGAGCGUGUGACAGAGACCAGCAGUGCGGAUGUCCAGACCCGUGGGCAUGCCCAACCCAAAAACCUGACCACGUUCUUUGGGGUGUUUGUACCAUGUGUACUUUCUAUGUUCAGCGUGAUUUUGUUCUUACGAGUCGGUUACGCAGUGGGUGAGAGCGGACUGUUACAGACUCUCGUCAUGUUUGCCUUGGGUUAUUUCAUUGUCAUCCUGACUGUUUUCUCUGUCUGUGCCAUCUCUACAAACGGAGCAAUCGAAGGGGGCGGAGCCUACUUUAUGAUCAGUCGAGCUUUGGGGCCAGAGUUUGGUGGUAGUAUAGGCGUCAUGUUCUUCAUCGCCAAUGUGUUUUCCUCUGCGUUGUACUGUAUCGGCUUCGUGGAAGCAAUCUCGGACAACUUCGGGACUGGAGGAUCUUUGCUAGUGGACCACCAAGCUGGACUCCCCAUCAACGACUGGUGGCCCUUCCUCUACUCCUCCAUUGUUCUCCUCUUCUGCCUCGUCGUCUGCCUCAUCGGGGCCGGCAUGUUCGCCCGGACCUCCUUCUUCAUCUUCCUCAUCGUCAUGGCAACUCUCAUCACGGUCUUUGUCAGUUUUUUCACCAAGAAGCCCGGCCCGAUCAACUUCCCACACAACAAUCAUCUAAGUAACGGAUCAGCCAACUACACUGGCUUCAGGUUGGAUACACUGAAAAGCAACUUGUAUGGUGAACUGACGCCAGAUUACACCACAGGGCUUGAUGUCAAUUUCCUGGUUGUCUUUGCUGUUUUGUUCAAUGGUUGCACAGGCAUCAUGGCAGGAGCUAAUAUGUCAGGUGAACUGAAGAAUCCUGGCAAGGCCAUCCCCCUGGGUACUCUUGGGGCGUGUCUCUUCACUGGUCUGAUAUACGCCAUCGUGUCAUUCCUCGUCAGCGCAACCUGCUCACAAGAUUUGCUGUUGAAUAACUACGGCUUUCUUCAACAAAUCAACAUCUUCCCCCCUGGGGUGGUGGUAGGAAUUCUGGUCGUGUCCCUCUCCGCUGCUCUGACCACCCUCAUAGGGGCAUCCAGGGUCUUACAUGCCAUAGCAAAAGACGGCGUCUUUGGGAUGAUUCUUUUGCCAGUGCACAAGGGAGUGACAGCUGGUGGUAAUCCCAUUGUGGCAGUGCUGGUGUCCUGGUUGCUAGUCCAGCUUGUUCUGCUGAUGAGAUCGCUGAAUGCUAUUGCUCCACUGGUCACAAUUUUCUUCUUGCUGUCCUACGCUGCCACAAACCUGGCUUGUAUGGCCAUGGAUGUCGCUUCAGCUCCAAAUUUUCGGCCGUCCUUCCGAUAUUUCUCCUGGCACACCUCCCUGCUUGGCAUCAUCUGCUGCCUGGUCAUGAUGUUCCUGGUCAAUCCCAUGUGGGGAGCCAUCAGCAUUGUGGUCUUCAUUGUGCUCUUCCUCAUCAACUCCUUCCGUAUCAGUGAGUCUGAGUGGGGCUACAUCACCCAGGCGCUCAUAUUCCACCAGGUGCGUAAGUAUCUUCUGCGUUUGGACGCAAGGAAGGACCACGUCAAAUUCUGGCGUCCUCAGAUGCUUCUCCUGGUGGCCAAUCCUCGCUCAUGCUGUGAAUUGAUUCGCUUUGUCAACGACAUGAAGAAAAGUGGGCUGUACAUCCUUGGUCACGUUAAAAAAGGAAACCUUGAUGAGUCGUAUGCAGAUCCUGUGCAGAAAGAGUACCCGGCCUGGAUUGUCCUGGUGGAAAAACUCAAAGUCAAAGCCUUCACUGAGCUGACGUUGGCGUCCACCAUACGAGAGGGAGUCCAGCAUCUCAUUAGGAUAUCGGGACUCGGAGGGAUGAAACCAAACACAGUUAUCCUUGGUUUCCAUGACAACGCCCCCUCCAAAGACUCCUUCGAGAAAUGCCGUGUGUGGGGUCAAAGCCCUUCCUUCGGGAUAACCGAGGAUUCUGGGAUUGAUGAGGAAAGUGGACUGCUCAUGAAUGCGUUUGAUCCGGUGCGGCCGUCCAACAGCGCAAACCGUCUGAGCGUGGAGGAAUACGUCAUGAUCAUCAACGACAGUAUCCGGCUUAGGAAGAACGUCUGCCUGACCCGCCACUUCAGCAAGUUUGACCGUGAUGCCCUCGCAGCGAGCAAGGAGCCUGGUUUUGUAGAUGUCUGGCCCAUCAACUUCUUCAAGCCGGAGACAAGCGGUUACCUAGACACAGCCUGCAUCUUCCUCCUGCAGCUGGCCUGUGUGCUCCACAUGGUGCGUGUCUGGCGUAAGCACACCCUCCUCCGUGUCUUCCUGUGCACCAGUGAGGACGAGGAGCCUGCUGUGGUCCAGCAUCGACGAGAGAAGCUGGAGGGUUUCUUGAACGACGUCCGCAUCAAGGCCCAGAUCGUUACAGUAGGCAAGCAGAACGUCAACCGGCUAGCUGUCAUGAGGGAGGACUCCGUGCCGAGUACCGACCACGGUCAUGCAAGGCUGGUCUACUCCCAGGUAUCCAGCAGCUACAUACAAGGAGUCAACGACAUGAUCAAGGAGCAGUCUACCAAGACAGUAGUCACCUUUUGCUAUCUUCCUCUGCCACCAACAGAUAGUUCACAGCAGCCUGAUUACAUUAGGCAUCUUGAUGCACUUACCGCAGACCUACCCCCAACUGUGCUUGUUCAUGGGAUACAAGAAGUGGCCUGCACAGCUCUAUAAACGAUCACAUGUAGUGCCUCUUUGUUUUAAAUCCUCAUAGUAACUGAUAAAGUAGAUUUUUGCCUGUGUAGAAGAUCUCAUUAAAGGGAAAAUACAACAUUUGCAAACAUCAAAAAAUAAAACUACCAAAUCAUUUUGAAAUACCUUGCUGGACUGUUAGUGAAUGACAGUGUAAA